AUGGCGACCGAGGAUAGCCGCCGGAAAACGCUAGCUAUUUCCCUUCCGGCGGGGAUCAGCAAACUCGGGGACCACGAUCUACUCGCAGAAUUCCUUUGUCGCCUCUCGGACACCAAAUCCGCCUGGCGGUGCAAAUCCGUCUGCAAGCGAUGGGACUUGCUCCUGGUCCAAUUCGCGGAUCGGAACGGCGGGAGGAAUCCCGACGGUGAGCUGAGAAGGACGUUCUUGGUAUGCAAUCCGUUCACAAAGCAGUGGGUGGCCCUUCCUUUGGCGCCAAAAACUAGCUCCACGGCGAUUACAGCAAGAUUGGUGUGCAAGCCCUGUAAUUCGAUCAUCAACACUCUGUUUUUCGGCGUCGCCGGCGGUGGGGAAGAGCCGUUCACCCAUCACUCCGAUUAUCGAUUUUUCGUGGUGCGCUUGCACCGAUAUGGUCGAGAAUCAGACGUUUUCUGUUCGGAAGCAGGGGAGUGGAUGGAACUUGCUCUCUGUGCUUCAAUUCCACGGUGGGAUCUAGAUUAUGAUGUUGUUUCGCUUAAUGGGAAGUUGUACUGGAAGGAUUAUGACAGGAAAUCAGUCGUUGUUGGGUGGAAUCCUUACACUACAGCCGACUAG